UUGCGCUGCUUUCCCCAAAAGGCCCACAAAUUCUUCACACAAACUUAAAACAAAUUCAAGGGAGAGAAAAAGAUUUGAUUUUUAUAUAGAGCGAGACGAGGAAGAAGAGGGAAUUAACCAUUAAAGGCGGCGCUAGAAAAAAAGGGGCUGUGUAACGUUGGGCGGGAGAAAAAAAGAAGCUAACUUUGCUGUUGAAUUUGAUAAGUUUUAUUUAAAUGUGCUUAAUUUAAAGUGGGCUCUCCUCUUUCUUUGUAAAAAUGCAAUCUUUUUCACACACUGCUUGAUAAAUGUGCGUGUUUGUCUCUGGAAUUCUGAAUUGUUUUUGAAGUUUGGCAUAGAUCUGUUUGGGGAAAUUUGAACGUGUGAUGUUUGGAUCAUACGAGGGAAUGUGACAUGCUCUCUCUCUCUCUCUCUCUCUCUCAUAGUAAUUGUUUUUCCUGGUUUUUCAAAUUUCUUUCCUCUUUGAGCGUUUGAGGGAUUGAUUUGGUAUAUAUUAGGUGAGUUUAAUUAGGAUUCUGCUUAAGGAAAUAUUUUUAGGGCAAAAAGGAUUUGAUAGAGGUAAAAAGCAGGAAUUUUGGGGUUUUAAGCUUUGGAGAAGAAGAAGAAGAAGAAUGGGUUGCUUUUCUUGCAUACGUCCUUCCAAAAAGAAUGUGAAGGAUUAUAAUGCAGGAGAUAUAGACACGAAUUCAGUGGUUGGUGGGAGGAGAAAGGCUAAUGUGAAUGGUAAUGUGAGUAUGAAGAAGGGUGGUUCUGGGAGGGCGAAGGGCAAGGACGGAAACAACCCUUCGAAGGGCAAUGCUGCUCAUAGCUUCACAUUCAAAGACCUUGCUCUGGCCACUCAGAACUUUAGGGAGUCUAAUCUGAUAGGCGGGGGAGGUUUUGGGAGCGUUUACAAAGGUCGCCUUGAAUCUGGCUUGGUUGUUGCUGUGAAGCAGCUUAAUCUUGAAGGGCUGCAAGGGAAUCAAGAAUUCAUUGUGGAGGUUCUAAUGCUGAGCCUUUUGCACCAUCCGAACCUCGUGAACCUGAUCGGGUAUUGCACUGAUGGCGACCAGAGGCUCCUCGUUUACGAGUUCAUGCAGAUGGGCAGCUUGGAGAAUCAUCUGUUUGAGCCUACUCAGAUGCCACUGAGUUGGAGCACGAGGAUGAAGAUCGCUGUUGAUGCUGCUCGUGGCAUCGAGUAUCUUCACUGCAAAGUGAAUCCACCUGUCAUCUAUCGCGACUUGAAGUCUUCGAACAUACUGUUGGACAAUGAUUUCAAUGCCAAGUUGUCAGAUUUCGGGCUUGCCAAGCUAGGGCCGGUUGGCGAAAAUACUCAUGUCUCAACGCGAGUGAUGGGGACCUACGGAUACUGUGCUCCGGAAUACGCCGAGAGCGGCAAGCUCACCCUAAAAUCCGAUAUCUACAGCUUCGGUGUGGUUCUGUUGGAGCUCAUCACCGGACGCAUGGCCAUCGACCACACCAAACCCCCGGGAGAGCAGAAUCUUGUUAAGUGGUCUCUGCCGUAUUUGAAGCAACCGAAGAGAUACAUACAGAUGGUGGAUCCUCUACUCGAAGGGCAGUUCUCGGUCCGGUGCCUCCACCACGCUGUUGCAGUCGCUGCAAUGUGCCUGCAAGAACAAGCCAACUUCCGCCCGUUGAUCAGCGACAUUGUGUUGGCGCUCGAGUUCCUCGCGUCGCAGCCAGACAACUCUCGGAGAGGCAUGUCCCACAUCCGGACCUCACCAUCGCCAUCGCACGUAGAUGCUAAAAGGGCCGAUUUGAGAAGGCACGGUCGUGAGAAUCGGUCGAGCUGAAGCUCCGGCCUCGUCCACGGCUGACAACCCUCGUCUCCGGGCGAGCUCUCCCCGAG